GUAACCGCCAGACGCUAAGCUAGGAAGGAACAUGGCGCGGUACUUGGUGCUAACAUAAAUAGCAUGUUAAUUCACUGUGUUUUUGACCAGUGCCCUACUAGAGUCACUUCAUUACGGAAGCGGUUAGAUGACUAAGGGAUAAUUUGUGCUUGCUUAGCAUUUUAUUGUCGGUUUGCCCACGCUGAUCCUCCGAGGGCUUUCCGUCGGUUUAGCAUCUUUGCUAUCUGGAAGACUGAGCUGUUCAUACCUCCAGCACACUUAUGGCUUUCUAUGAGGUGUACUCUCACCCGGCUUUGAUUCGGUACAAAACGAGCGUGUGCACGAAAGCCACGCUGUUCCUGGUUGUGGUUCUGUGCCUCACCUACAUCCCGCCUCUGCUGGUUGCUUACAGGAGCCAAGGUUUUUGGAUAAAAAGGAGCACUUAUGAGGAACAGCCAGUUGUGAGAUUCCAGUAUCAGACUCUGCUUGUUGCAGCAACCAGUACUAGGGGAGAAUAUGUCGCCUGGAGUACCUUCCCCCAACUUAACAACAUGCUAGGAGCCAACCUCCGGAUUCCUGCUGUCACUGUGAGAGAAGAGGACCAGAACCAGGAUGGGAAACUGGACCUCCUGGUCUUUCAGCUGCAGCUUCCUCUGAAACCCAAUGAGCAGGUGUACAGCAUUCAGCUGCUGCUCACCUUCAGCUACCAGCUCUUUCGGAUGUCCACCGUGGUGAUGCAGAGUCUGGCAUACAUGCAGCACUCCUCUUCUGUCCCCGGAGCUAAGCUGUUCAUCAGCGGAGACCUGAGGCUGCAGCAGAGAACGCCUUUGCCUCACAGGGGGCUCUACAAUAUUUAUAAUGUGUCGGCGAUCGAUGGCUCCAGCCCUUUUGCGAGCGCGUAUGACCUCGAGAACAUAAUCAGGAGCUACCAGAACAGAAACUUGACCACAGUGCUGUCCUGCCCGAUCCCCGUGUGGACUAUAGGACGAGCUGCUGCUGCUCCCUUUGAGCUUAAAGCUGAAAUCCGCUACCCUGUGGAGGUCAUCAGCUAUCGCCCCGGCUUCUGGGAAACCAUCAAAUUUGCCUGGAUUCAAUAUGUCAGCAUCCUCCUCAUCUUCCUCUGGGUCUUUGAACGCAUCCAGAGAUUUGUUUUCCAGAACCAGGUUCUGACAACUGUCCCAGUCCCAGUGGGAAAACCCCACAUGUCGUGAUGAGACAACAGUGCACGUAGCGAUGAUUGACCUGUGCUGGCACAACUCAACAGCUGCCUCUAUGCGAUAAAGCGCACUGAAGGUGUACGACUCACAGAUGUCCUGUUAUCUCGAACAUCCGUGGGCGUGGCAGUGUUAAAAACAAACUGUCUGUUGUAGUUAGGAGUUUGGAGAUAUUUUUUGUGAGGAGUUUCUGUAUGAAUGAAAUCCCACGUAGCAAAUCUUGAAGAUUUUAAACUUUUUUUUCUUUUUUCUUUACCACCUGAGGAGCAAUGGAGCAACCUCCUCUAAUAAAGCUGAAUAGUUGUUUCUCUGAAAAGUGGAUCUUUUUCUUUCUGCUGCUGUUUUCUAGCAACUGUUUAGGAGAUAUGAGAAGAGUUUGUGCUAUCGUGUGAGUGUAUGUGGCAGAAUCAGCCUUUUGUGUUGUGGCAUAAUGGAUAAUAAAUAUUUUUUACAGUUUUAA